UUGUCUCUCUCUCUCUCCCUUUCCCUCUCUCUCUCUCUCUCUAGAUAGCUAGGUUUUUUUUAGUGUUCAUCUAUCUAUCUAUCAACUUCGCUUUAAUUUGUAUUUCUUUCUUAUUAUUAGCUUGUUGAUUCUAUACCUAAGCUAAGCUAUUAUCAAAAACCCCAAAAGAGAAGAAAUUCCGUUUUUCUCGGCCUUUGUGUCUCGCUCUUUUACAUGUUUUAGUGGAAAUCAAUGGAGAUCUAAGCUAAUUAGUUAAUUAAGAAUUGAUUUGAUUUGAUUUUGAUUUUGAGUGUUUUGUAGUUAGUGAAUACGUAUAUACAUGGCGAAUCCAUGGUGGACGGGGCAAUUAGGGUUGCAGGGGGUGGUUGAGGCUUCGUCUUCAGGCGGCGCGCCGGGGCUGAAGAAGCCAGAUCUGGGGAUAUCCGGCGGCGGCGCAAGGGAGGAGGAAGAGGAGGAGGAGAGGGAGCCGAGCGAGGAGCCGAAAGAGGGUGCAAUUGAGGUGGGGACGCGGCGGCCACGGGGGAGGCCGCCGGGGUCGAAGAACAAGCCGAAGCCGCCGAUUUUCGUGACGCGGGACAGCCCGAACGCGCUGCGGAGCCACGUGCUGGAGGUGGCGAGCGGCGCCGACGUGGCGGAGAGCAUCGCGCAGUUCGCUCGGCGGCGCCAGCGCGGCGUGUGCGUGAUGAGCGCCAGCGGGACGGUUACGAACGUAACCCUAAGGCAACCCUCGGCUCCUGGAGCCGUCAUGGCGCUACACGGCCGGUUCGAGAUCCUCAGCUUGACCGGCGCCUUCCUCCCCGGUCCAGCCCCGCCCGGCUCGACCGGCCUCACCAUUUACCUAGCCGGCGGACAAGGCCAAGUCGUCGGCGGCAGCGUUGUCGGCUCACUCGUCGCCGCCGGCCCAGUCAUGGUAAUCGGCUCCACAUUCUCAAACGCCACGUACGAGCGGCUCCCAUUGGAGCCGGACGAGGAAGAAGCUGCAGCCGCCAACACCGGCGCCGCGCCGCCUGAACCCCAACUCGGAGGCGGUGGUUCCCCGCCGCCUGGGAUGGCCGGCGCCGGAAUCGGAGAUCCUUCUCCGAUCCCCGGCGUAUACAAUUUGCCUCCCAACAUGAUGGCUAGCAAUGAAGCUUUUGCUUGGGCUCAUGGCCGCCCUCCCUACUAAAAGGUCAGCAAAUUAUAAUAAUAAUAAUCAUAAAAUACAGAGAUUAGUUUCUUAAUGUAAUGAAUCAUAUGAAGUUAGUUUAAUUUAUGUGUAUAAUUUGGCUUUUAUUUGUAAAACUAGUUCUCUACUUAAUUGAUUACCAUAUACAAUUAAUCUUUCAA